UCAAAGUUUAGAGGACUCUCAUUGGUGUUCAAAAAAAAUUUCCUCACAAAUCUCUCUCUACAUUUCCAUUUCAUCCAAAUCAAUUUUUGACGUGAAAGUUUUUGACAUAAAAUAUUUCAAUCAAACAAAAAAUCCUAACCAUUGGAAUAGCUCUUGGAGUCACCAUGUGAAUAAAAAACUUUUGUCAGCUAUAUAUAAAAACCAAAAAAAUUACUUUUUUUAGAAUCCAUCAGACAUGCUCAUAUACUCCUAUGAGAUUUGCUCAUACUCUUAAGUCAAGGCCUAAGCCAUAAUCCCUCGAACCCAAAAACAAACAAAAUGAGUGGUGCAGGAAUUCCGGAUUUUUUCUACAGAGAAGCUCAACGCCUUGGUUAUGUUGCUCGUUCUGCCUUCAAGUUGCUACAAUUACAAGAGAAAUUCAAAUUGAUAAAACCAGGUUCAUCUGUACUUGAUCUUGGUUGUGCACCUGGUGCUUGGCUUCAGGUAGCUUGUCAAAGUUUGGGUCCUCCCAAAAAUGGUGGGGUUGUUGUUGGUAUUGAUUUGAAGAAGGUGAAAGUUCCUUCCACUCAUUGUGAUGCCAGAGUCCAGACAGUUUGUGGUGAUGUUAUGAACCUUUCUAAGGACCAUAUCAGGUCACAUUCCCCUAAGAAGGGUUUUUCCGUUAUUCUAUCAGAUAUGUGUCCCUUAGUCUCUGGAAUCAAAACGAAAGACGCAGCCUUAUCAGCUGAGUUAGGCAUGCGAGCUCUCGACCUUGCUGUUGGAAGCGCUGUUCUUGCACAAGACGCGGAGACAAAAGAAGAGAAUGACGAGCCAUCAGUCCCUAAAGACGACAAUGGUAUAUUGCUUCCCGGGGGCAACCUUGUGAUUAAGUUGUUGGAGAGCGAAGACAUGCGAGAAUUUAAUCAAAUUUGCAAACCACUCUUCAAAAAGGCGUCAUGGCUAAGACCAAAAGCCACAAGAUCGACUUCACGAGAAAUUUAUUUGAUAUGUCAAGGAUUGGUACCAUGACAAUGCUUGUAAUCGAAGGUUAGUGAGGAGAACGGGACUUGAUUUUGCUACAUUAGCUUCAAUGUUUAUGAUUUUAAAUGCGACUGUCGUAAAUGUAAUGGCUAAUUAGUGUAUGUCUUGCAAUGUAAGUGUUAUAUUGUUCAUGGCGUUGUUGCUCGUGGAAGAGAUACUUGACGAAUGUAGGUCCGCCCCAAUGACUAUGAACCGGUUUCUUAGACUGGUGCCUGAAAACAGCAUGAAAAAACAUCAGCGAGUCUGAUUUCAUGCCAAAGCUAUUGAUUUUCCGUAUGCCUUUCUUAUAUGCAAGUGGGAUAGGUUGGCUCAA